AUGUCUCAUCGUGCAAACGAGCUUGAAAGCUCUGGGAUCACCCAUCGCCUUCGUCCCACGGAAACACUGGGUCAUGUCCGACUUCAAGAUGAAGUGACUGGGGAAACCCUUCUCGUGCCCCAGCCGUCGUCCGAUCCCAACGAUCCCCUCAAUUGCCUUAUGGCUUCAAGAAUUAUAGCAUCAUGGUUCUCUGGCAGUGCCGAGUGUGUCGCCCCUAUGACGAUCGCGGAUAUCUUCUUUCUCCAUGAAAGAGGUAAAAUGACAGCAAUGUACUCGGCCGCGCUCUCGACAGGUGCCGCUUUUGGUUUGAUGAUCUCUGGGAUCAUGUCAAUCUCACAGAACUGGAGGAUGUUUCACUAUCUGUGCGCUGCGCUUGUUCUUGCCACAACGGUACUGAUUUUCUUCACCAUGCCCGAGACUGCAUUUCAAAGGGAUCUCGGUCGAACAGAGGAAGUUGCAAACGAGAAAGUUUCUAAUGUGGCCGAAGUGGAGCACGUCGAGGUUUCCAACACUCCCAAGAAAUCCUUCACUCAGCGAAUGGCGUUCAAUCGUGCUCCUCUCACCCACGAGAGUAUUUGGAAAAUUGCCAUUCGCCCUGUUCUUAUCCUUUUCUUGCCGCCAGUCUUCUGGUCCACGGUCUCGUUUGGAAUAGGAAUCGGGAUCUUUGUCGUGCUAGGCACCACAGCCGCAACAGCUUUCUCGCAGGUAUACGACUUCACAGUCUGGCAAGUGGGAUUGGUCUGGAUUGCAGGUAUUGUUGGUAAUCUACUUGGCAUACCAUUCGGCGGUUAUUUUUCUGAUUGGGUCGCCAACCGUGCCACUUCCAAGAAUGGGGGUGUUCGAGAGCCGGAGAUGCGUCUUCCCGCAGUGAGCAUCGCUAUGAUUACCUACCCGGGAUCACUUCUUCUCUAUGGUCUGGGCAUCAAUUACAAGGCUCAUUGGAUUGUCCCUACAUUGGGAAUAUUUUUGUUCUCAUUCGGCAGUAGUGCGGCGAUUGGUAUUACUGUGGUCUAUACAAUUGACUGCUACCGACCAAUUGCUGGGGAGGUUGUAGUAAGCCAGGUUGUUUUUAAAUCUUUUAUCACCUUUCUCAUGUCCUUCUACGCAAAUCCAUGGGUUGACCGGGAUGGAUAUGCAGGAGCAUUUGGGGCCAUGGCAGGCUUUAGUUUCAUCAUCCUGGCGCUAUGGAUUCCUCUGUACAUCUGGGGCAAGCAGAUUCGUCAUGCCACUCUCAAAGGGCGUGUAAUGCGAUAUGUCCACUGGGAUCUGGAUAGAGAGACCGGAGAGUAG